CUUUUCCAAAAAUAUUUUCUUAAUAUAGAAAUAUUUAACUAGUUCAAUUCUUGUUAUAAAUAGGAAAAUAAAAUGGUUGGCAGGAAAAAGAAAGAGGAAAAUCAUCUGUAGAUAAUAAAAAUUCAUUUCCUUCUAUAAAAACCUUUUCUUGUUAACAAUUUUUAAUCAAUAUCUUUGUUAAUUUCUUCGUAAAAGAAGAUUGACAAUAAUAUUCCAUUAUUUUAGACAAUAGUAAUACUCUUUUUUUCUCUUCCAAAAAGACAAUCAUAUACUAUACGUUACUUAAAAAACGACAACAACUUGGCGUUUUCAGUGUAUAGAUAAUACAUAUGAGACGCUCUCAGACACAGUAAUAGAGACACCCAUUAUGACUUCCUUUUCUGGCGCCGGUGAAGGCGUUUCUCGCCGGCGCCGGGACUCACAGUCACCGGUCCACCUAUGCCUCCUUUUCAUAGCUAUGUUCUUUUCAUACCUUUUACUCUGUGUUUCACCGUUCAUAAAGCUGUUAUUAUGCGGUGGAGAGAAGAUCCGAAGCUCUAUGCGACGAAGACAGAUAAGAAGAUUCAUAGAACCACCUCUAUCGGCCUCACUUGCCCUCAGGUUGGUCUUCUCAUCAGCGUUGAGUCUGGAAGUUUUCUCCGCUGCUGCUGUUCAAUGCUUUUCGGGUAAAAGCCCCGACGUUUUCUUUACGGGUGACUGUCGUACUUCCUUGGGCGCCAGCGCUUCCUCUGUUCAAAUUCCGGCGAGGACUCCAUAUUCUCAAAGAAGCCCUCUCUUCCUGUCUCCGGGAACCGACGAGCUCUUUCAUCCACCGUUUGAGGUGCCCCUUACUUCAUCCGACACCAGAUCUGAAAGCAGCCCUUGGCUUGAUCUGAAGAGUUUCAGAAGCUUCUUAUCCCUCUCGUUUCCCACGAUGAUGAUGCCUGCGUUUAGUCUCCUCCGUAGCCUGGUUGGCCGUCAACAAAGCAGUCUCGGUGAUAGCUCCUUCAACGGCGGCGGCAAGUUCAGCCUAGGUUACGAGUGCAUCUUGGGUCUUUCAGCUGACAUUGGGCCUCAUUUACCUUUCUUUUGGGCUUGGCCCACUAAACUUAUGGUAAAGGUCAGCUUUUUUACUAGUCAAUUAAAAAACAGAGUCGUGGUGAGAGACACGAUUAUAGCAUGUAUGGUCUUAAACUGUAUGACUAGAUUUGUAAAGAUUUUCGGUGGAUUCACCGACGUUUGUGAUUUGUACGCAUUGCCAUAUAUCUACUUCAUGAAGAAAUUAUUGGUGGGUUCACCAAGUCAUGUUCCAUGUUCGAUUUCAUUCCCAUACUUCCUUUCUAUGAAAGGAGAAGACUUCUCGGCUUUUACGUCGGGUAAGUGUUCCAGCUUUUACGCCGUCUUGUUAUCUUAUGUAGUGGUCUGUACGGGGCCUGAAGAUGCAAGCGAGACUACUUUGGUUUAUCUCGUUGGUGAAAACUGGGUCUCAACGUCACUUGUGACUAACUUUCAGCUCUCCGACUUUGUCGUGAAGCUCUUAUCGACGCAUUCAAGCUUUGCUUUUGAUGUAGAUAAGUAUUUGGAAUAUUUCCAAAUAUCUUAUUAUUUGUUUUAUUAAUAUUAGAUAAUUAUCUUUAUUAUUUUAGGGUUUUAUUGUGUUUUUAUAUAUAGCCGUCUAGGAUUAAGUUUGUAUUCAAUUGAUUGAUUAUUAAUAAAAGUUGAGAGUUUUCUCUUUUGUUCCUUGUUUUCGGUAGAUCAUAGGUGAUCUCAACGAAUUUAAGAAGACAUUGAUCUUAGGCAUUCUUAGACUAAGUAAGAUCCUUGUGAUUAUCCUAGUUUUCCGGGUAUUCUAAGAAUCAACGGAUCUCUAGUCCUAUCCUAUAAAGCUUCCGCUACAUCAGCUUUGAAUUCGCU